ACAGCACCCAGCACCCACUAACAAGCGCCCUGUAAUUUCGGCUGACUGCCUUUCUUGCAUCGUUUUCCCACUUUGGCACUUGCCCGCAGCUCUUGCUGCCAUUUUUGUCCCCCACCUUAUUCCUGUGUGCUCUUGUUCCCCUCGCCUCUCUUCUCUUCUCCCCCUUGCCACUCCCCCCUCCAUCACCACUAAUCCACCACAACAGCAAUCCCAGCAAAUCGUUUCCCCUCCCCCGCCAUUGUCACUUUGUACCCUGCGGUCUUGUCUUCGCUUUGCAGUAUCCCAAUUCCCAUGUCGAAACACAAAAAACUAAAAAGACAAGGUGGCUUAUUUCCCGUUCAUUUGCCCAUCGCGAUGAUGCCACCGCCAGAAAGGGGGGCGUGCGUCUAGCUGUACAUCCUCUCCGCCGCCGCCUGUCUUCUUCUCCGAAAAAAAAUGCCACUUACUGUUGUGUUGGCUUGCGCUGUGAAGCCUGCUGCCCUUGGCCGCUGCGUCAAGAAUGGCCCCCCCCCAUCCAAUCCACCACCACACACUCACACGCCCCCUUCUCCCCUCCUCGUCCCCAACACACCCCUUGAUCUCUUCUCGCUUUUAGCGCUCUUGUUUCUUCUUAGCGUGCUACGGUAGCCCCAGCGCCUAACCCUCUUUGGGCGCGGUGCCUUCGCCUUACCCAGCGCAGGCCCGCCAAGUGCGCGAGACACCACCACACGUCCCCCUAGACAAGCAUCCAGCAACAGCUUCAAACUAUAAAGCUCCAGAGCCACCCUUGCCAUCUUGCCCUUGUGGAAUCUUGCUACUCUUCAAUCAGCUUGAGAACAAUUCAUCUUGAACAUCACCUUCUCUUUCUACAUCAAGAUAUCUUCUUCUUCUACUCUACUCCCCUCAUCCACUUAUACACACCCUUGUUCUUCUUCUACCUGCCUCACCUCACCUCGCCAAACGACCAAAAAAGUAGACACCGCAUCGCAAAGCCUCGUACAACAAACAAUUGACCUCCCUGACCUUGCAAUCUGGUGUCACCGGUAACACAGCAUUGUCAUCGGACACUCUCUCCAACAGAACCACGCGGCUUUCUUCUUUUCUCGUUGUCGCUUCCAGCCUGCUGCUGUAGCGCCUCGCUUGUUCUGUUGUCGCCGCACCAGCACAAACACCAAACCCACCACGAGAUACCCAGCUCUUUCUUCAAAACUAUAAAUACAGCCCAAAAUGGUUCUCCUUCGAAAGCCUCAGGAAAUCUUCAUCGACACACAGUCCACCAUGCAGUCACCGCUUACCUCUUCGCCUGCUUCGCCCGCGCAGGUCUUCACUCCUCUCUCCUCCAGAUCCUCAUCCAUUGACGAGGUCGACCUGGACCCUCUUCCAUUUACCUCCGCCGUCAUCAUUGGCGCUGGAAACUUUGGUGCCGGAACGGCAUUGAGCCUCGCCAGACAGGGCAUUGAAGUCACCCUUGUGGACACCGCCCAGUUCCCUUCUCCCAGAGCCGCGUCGCAUGACAUUAACAAGAUUGUGCGCGAUGACUACCCCGAUCUUCUCUACAUGCGUAUGAUGGCCAAGGCUAUGCCCCAAUGGCGCAACAGCGAGCUCUUCAAGCAGUGGUACCACGAGACUGGUGUCUUGCGUGCCGAUCCCUCCGACUUCCCUCAAAAGAGCAUCGAAGCCUAUAAGAAAAUGGGCAUUGAGAACGACUCUGAGAUGCUCCCAGUGGAAGAGGUCCGCCGCCGCUGGAACGGCAUCUUUGCGACUGCCAACUUUGACGGUGUCGACGAGGUGCUCUACAACCCCACUGUAGGCAUUGCUGAAGCCGACAAGGCUCUCGCCGCUGUUGUCCAAGCCGGCAUUGACGUUGGUGUGAACUACGUUGUUGGAAGCAUGGACAAGCUCAUCUUUGGUGCCCACGGACAGUGCACCGGAGUUUCUCUCGAGGACGGUACUGCCCUCAUGGCUGACAAGGUGCUCCUCGCUACGGGUGCCCGGACUGGCAUGCUGCUUGCCCAGAGCGCGCCAGACAACAAGGACCUGCACAUUGGCAAUCGUAUGAUUGCCACUGGAGCCAUUAGCUUCUACGCUAAGCUGACUCCUGAGCUACACAAGAAAUACUCUCAGAUUCCUGUUCUCAAGAACUGUCUGAAGCAAGUCAAAGGCGAGAGCAUGUCUGUUCUACCAGACGGCACCAUCAAGUUCAACUGCGACAUGUGCUUUACCAACAAUCUUGAGUUUGCGCCUACUGGUGAGGUGCUUUCUCAGCCCCCCUCGGAUCCCAAGUACAACACUUGGACCGGUCCCGACUUUGUGCAAUUCUUCAAGGAGCGCGCUGCCAAGACGUUCAAGGGCCUCUACGGCGACGUCGUGGCUGAUAUCCCCAUUGAAAAGUACAGAAUCUGCUGGGACGCUUCCACACCCACCCACGACUUCCUCAUCACUGAGCACCCGCACUGUGAUGGCUUGUACGUGGCCACGGGUGGCUCGUUCCACGGCUGGAAAUUUCUGCCCGUGAUUGGUGACUACAUCUCAUCCAUGAUGCAGGGCAAGCUUGACCAGGAGUACGUCGACCGUUGGGCUUGGGACAAGCGUGGCGGCGACGGCCACUCUGCCAACCCAACCUACAACAUUGUCGGCGACCUGCAAGACUGGAUCUAAAAUCGCCAUGCAUGAUUCUCUUGUUCACCAUGAAAAAAUAUCACAAAGCGGCUGGUUCCCCUUUUUUCCCUUUCCCCCCAUACAAAUGAUUUUAUACACGCAUCAAGCAUGAGCUUACUACACUACCCACCCACCACGUUUAUCUACCUCUCCAUGCACCUCACGGUCUUGGGAGGAGUCCUUUAUAGAAGGAGGAGCGAUGAUGAUGACGAUGACGGCCACAAAGAAUAGGCGACCUUUUAUUUAUUUAUUUUACUCUUUUACAAUUACCACGUUUAAUGGAUGCGUUUUUUUAUUUAUUGUUUAGCAUAUAUCCACUCAUAAAAUAGAAAUGAAAAUGAAAACAAUCUUCUC